GUGUUUUUAAAAUCUGACGUGAUCAACGGCUGGAAACAAUGACUGUAUCCCGAGUGUGCUUGCUGCUUCUCGUCGCCUUGGUGUACUUGGACUGCUGUUAUGCAGCUUCGAUUCCAAGAAACUUCGAUCCCCGACUCAGUGAAGAAAUUGUAAUGGCUCCCAAGAAGAGACCAUUCUGCAACGCGUUCACGGGUUGCGGUCGCAAGCGCUCUCAGGGACCUCCCGGAAUGCCUGCACAAGACUUGCGCACAAAACAGUACCUUGAUGAAGAAGCUCUUGGGUCGAUCCUGGACUCUGAAUCGGCCAUAGAUGAACUCUCGCGCCAAAUCCUCUCAGAGGCGAAACUCUGGGAAGCCAUCCAGGAAGCCAGUGCUGAGAUCGCGAGGCGGAAGCAGAAGGAAGCCUACAUUCAGUAAUGCAAUGAACUCACGAUUUAACCUUAUGUAUAGACCGUAGCGUAUGUAGCAGAAUGUAUUAAGUUAGGACGUUGCCGUGAUUAGCGCCAUAUUGGAAUUUAUGAAAUGGGAUAUAAGUACUUAGUUGACAAAUAUACGAAUAUUUCGCUUCUUUAACACAAUCAGAUAAAGCGUACUGUGUUUAUAUAAAUGUAAUUUUAUUGAACAUUGAGGUACAUAUUUUGGAAUGUGAAUGAAGAUUUCAAAACGCAAUAAAAUUAUCAACAGUAGGUACUAAUUAGGUUCUACUCAUUUUUAAAUUGUUAUGGAAAUAAAUACGCUAAAGUAUUGAGAUUUUUUUUAUUAAAAUAGUACUAGUAAAUAUCUAAGAGGUGAUUUUGUCAAGAAGCUAUGCUUAGCUUUCUGUAUGUGUAGUUUCAAAUU